AUGUUUUCGACUAGAGUUCUGUUAAAAUGGGCAAAUGAGCAAGCCAGUGAACCUACCAGUACUUAUGUCAUAACUUCCCCAGGUGCGCAUUUCGUUGACAUCAGAAUUCUUGCUUCAGCCUAUCCAUACAACCCAACUAAAGGAGAUGCUACCUAUGAGGAGGUUUUCGAUUGGGUGCUGUCAGGAAUGGAACAAGUAGUAGAAGGAGCAGAUGAGACCGGUGAAACUGUUGAAAUCAAGUUCAAACUUGAAAUCGAUUCUAUGGAAGUAACCGAAGCCAUCAAGACUGGAAAGCCAAUUGAAGAUUGCCGCAGAGGAACUGAUCUGGGAAUCUUCAGUGAAAUUCCGGGAAGUGAAGACAGAAAAGAGAUUGGGAAUAUGGUGAAUCCAGCAAUUGGUCAAAAUCAAGACUAUAUUGAAAUCUGGAGAUCAUUAGAUCCUGAGAAGCAUACUCCUACCACUGAGGUUCGCGAAGAUGCCACUGCCAAAGGCAUAAGUCUGUACGUUUUAGUUUGUGAUCUGGAACACUGGGAGGGGAAAGUAGUAAGACUUGGAAAUUGGGUUCAAGGUUUAAUUCACAGUAAACAGAGCCACGAGCUCCAUGUGGUCAGAGCGUGGUUCAAUGGGUCUGAAUGGGAGUAUCUUAUUCGUUUUGGUGAUGUAGAGCUUUUCGAUCUUGACUUCAGUGGGACCAAGGGAAACGUCACCGAGAAAAAGGGUUUGAAGUGGGAGUGCAUUGAGUAUAGUAGCUAG